ACUAAAACGGCGAAGUCGAAACUGUCCUACGGUGCAAAAAUGGCUGCUUCUUCUUCCAAAAAGCUGCUUCUACUUCGAAAACCGCUUUGCAGAGCUCUCAAACCUAAUUUCUCCCCUUCUCCCUCUUCUUCAAUAAUACAAAGAUCAUUUCUUUCUUCUUCUUCUUCUUCUACUCAUAAUAAAUAUCUUCUAGAACCUUCGGUUACUAUUUCCAAAUCGUUUCUCUCAGAACUUUCUAGAAGCUAUUGCUCGCGUUCGUCUCCUCUUCCAGAUGCUUCUCAAGGUCCUGCCGCUAUCGAUUACCGUUCUCUGCUGCAGGAAGAUGAGUAUCACAGACUGGCUAAUGCUACUAUCCAUGACUUGCUAGAGAAGUUGGAGGAAUAUGGAGACUCAGUUGAUAUUGAUGGUUUCGAUGUGGAUUAUGGGAAUGAGGUAUUAACGCUGAAGCUUGGGGGCUUGGGAACCUAUGUGAUAAACAAACAAGCGCCCAAUAGGCAGAUUUGGAUGUCUUUGCCAGUGAGGAAAAAGAAUCUGUGAUGCAAAGUCAACAUUAAAGAAACAACCAUGAGGAGUCCAAUAUUUACGCACAGAUUAUUUUGGAGCAGCAAGCGAUCAUUAUGGUACCAGUGUAUGGGUCUUAGCAGUAUGUAUAGGCUCAUGUCGAAAGAGCGUGUGGAUCAUGGAGCGGCUUUCCCUGUACUCUCUCUGGAUGUGGUCGAAGUGAAAUCGGAUUCCCAGUGUUCCACAUUCUUCAUUAAAGACUGCAUAUGGCCGUAGGAUGUUGCGGUUGUGAAACUAAUGGUUGGUUGCUUAGGAAGAACGUUAGAAUUACCUAAACCAUGACUUCUUACCAAAAUUUGAAGAUUGUCUUAACUUUUCGUGAAAACUACCACUAGGUUGUGAUUGUCAAACAGCAUGUUGAUUGCAUCUAAAUAUUAUACUCUUUGAAAUAGUUCUA